AUGACAUGGACGUGUCUCACUGGUUGCACUCAAGGUCUGUGGGUCGACAUUUCGGCUUGUUUUCGGGUCGCAAGCACUGUUGACGGUUUGGCGCAACCGUCCAGAACCUGCGGCUGGCCUAGAGAGCUGCGCCCAGCAGGAGAGCUUUGCCAGAUGACUGAAGAAGGCGAGAACGGAGACACGGCAGAGGUCGAGAAGCCGACCGAUGUUGAGGCUGCAGAAGUCGUGGAGGACCUUGACGCCGUCAAAGAGGAUCCGAAGCCAAAGCGCCAGCGGCGCAAUCGAUGGGGUCAGGAACCAGAAGCACCCCCUAUGCCGAGCGCUGAUGACCUGGCACUUGCACCAUUGAUGAGCAUGGACACCGCAGCUCUGGGUCUUCUGCCAGUGCAGCCUGGGAUGGGAGCCACGCCUGGUGCCGGGGCAUCGCUGGACUUGUCAGCUGCAGCACAAGCUGCUCGAGAAGCCCUUGAAAAGGCGAAAAGGGCGGCCAUGUUCCAGCGUCAGAUCCAAGAGCAGAUGGCGAAAAUCAAGGGCCAAGGCCUUGGUGGAGGCUUUAUGGGUGCAGAAGCGCCGAAGGCGAGAAAGCUGAUCCUCGAUGAAUUCGGCCGUGAGCUGGACGAGGAUGGACAGGUUGUUCCCAUGAAGCCGCAGGUGGUCAGCACCCUCAAAGUGAACAUCAACCGUGAGAAGGAGGCCAGGCUAAAGAAGAUCCUGGGCCUGAAGAAGGACGGUGCCGGGGGUGAGAGCUCAUACUUCGACUCGACCCUCAAGGUGAAGGAAAGAUUCGAGCGGCAAAAGCGACGAAACUUCAGGUUCAUUGAGGAGGGUGAACUUGUGAAGAAGGAGCAGAAGAUGAUCAAGAAAGUUCAGGAGAAGGCCCUGGGUAUCGACAAGAAGGACGACAAGAAGAAGAAGGAGGAGGAGCAAAAGAAGCAGGAGAAGAAGCAGGAGGAGGAGGAAAAGGAGCAACCGGUCAAAAAAAUCGAGCCCAAAGUCAUGAGGAGAGAACCCAUCCCCGACGUCGAGUGGUGGGACGCUCCCUUCCUCAAGGAAGAUCAGUAUGGCCAGAGGAGAACCUACACCGAGGUGAAUGUGGAGAGGAUCACUCCAUAUGUGGAGCAUCCGAUCCCAAUCAAGAUCACCACGGAGAAGGAG